UUCCCAAGGCACUCUGCCUAACUGGUUCAACCUUGUCCAGAUGUCCCUCACUAAAACCCUAAUAAGAUAAUCACAAACUAACUCAUUCUAAAAGUUCCGCUUCUCCUCCAGCCAAAAAACCCUAACUCCAGAAGCGAGAUACAGAAAUGGGGAAAGUGAAAGGAAAGCAUCGUUUGGACAAAUACUAUCACUUAGCCAAAGAACACGGCUACAGAUCCCGAGCCGCAUGGAAAUUAGUUCAGCUCGACUCCAAAUUCGGCUUCCUCCGCUCAGCUCGUUCUGUUCUAGACCUCUGUGCCGCUCCUGGAGGUUGGAUGCAAGUUGCAGUCGAACGUGUCCCUGUCGGCAGCUUCGUUAUCGGCGUCGACCUCGAUCCCAUCCGCCCUAUCCGCGGCGCAAUUGCAAUUCAGGAGGACAUCACUACUCCCAAGUGUAGAGCUGCCGUUAAGAAUCUAAUGGCCGAGAACGGCUGUAAGGCGUUUGAUUUGGUGCUUCACGAUGGUUCGCCCAACGUUGGUGGUGCUUGGGCCAAGGAAGCUACUGGUCAGAAUGCUUUGGUUAUCGACUCUGUUAAGCUCGCCGCUGAGCUUUUAGCUCCUAAAGGAACAUUUGUCACCAAGGUUUUCAGGUCUCAAGAUUACAGUGCUGUUGUUUAUUGUCUUAAGCAGCUUUUUGAGAAAGUUGAGGUGGAUAAGCCUCUGGCUAGUCGUUCAGCAUCUGCAGAAAUUUAUGUUUUAGGAUUUAGGUAUAAGGCUCCUGCUAAGAUUGAUCCUCGUCUUCUUGAUGUAAAGCAUCUUUUUGAAAGAGGCAAAGAUCCGCCUAAGGUUGUCGAUGUACUUAGGGGAACAAAGCAAAAGAGACAUCGCGAUGGCUAUGAAGAUGGGGACACAACAUUGAGGAAAGUAUCAUCAGCCGCGGAUUUUAUUUGGUCUGAGGCUCCUCUCGAGAUCCUUGGUUCAGUUACUACCAUAACUUUUGAGGACCCCGCCUCUUUGCCAAUAAAGGAUCACAAUAUGACCACUGAGGAGGUUAAGGCAUUGUGUGAUGACUUGCGUGUUCUAGGGAAGCAAGACUUCAAGCACCUGUUAAAAUGGCGUAUGCAUAUAAGAAAGGCAUUGUCUCCUUCACAAAAGUCUACUUCUGCAUCCAAAGAAACUGGAGAUGAGAUGGAAGAGGAUGAAGAUCAGAAAGUUCUUAAUGAAAUGGAGGAGUUGACAUAUGCCAUGGAGCGGAAGAAAAAAAGAGCAAAAAAACUUCUGGCGAAGAGGAGAGCCAAGGACAAAGCACGAAAGGCUCUAGGAAUGCAAGUAGACGCAACAGUGGAUGGCUAUACUGAUCAGGAGCUGUUUUCUUUAUCUUCGAUUAAGGGAAAGAAAGAUCUAGUUGCUGUUGAUAACAAUGAGUAUGAUGAUGAAGCUGGUGAGGCAGGAACGAGUGACAAUGAAGAAAGCCAUGAUGAAGCUUAUGAUGGUACAUCUAGUGAUGCAGAUUCUGAUGAAGAACGGAGGCGAUAUGACGAGCAAGUGGAACAAUUACUUGAUGAAGCUUAUGAACAGUUUGUCGUGAAAAAGGAAGGAAAAGCGAAACAGAGAAAGCGGGCAAAACAGAAUCAAGAUGAUCAACUUUUUGAAGACGGCAAUGAUGAUGAUGCAAUUCAUUCCGACCAAGACUCGGAUAAUGAUCGUGGAGUUAGGGAAGUAAACCCUCUUGUUGUCCCACUUGUGGAGGACAUGCCAACCCAGGAAGAGAUUGCAGCGAAGUGGUUUAGUCAAGAUGUUUUUGCAGAGGAUGAUGAGGAGGAAGAUUUGGGGACGGUUGACAGUGAUGAUGAAAUGCAGCUCGAUGGUCCUGGAGAAUCUCUAAAGAGGAAAGCGGAUGAUGGACUUAAAGAACAGCUCAGGGGUCCUGAAAAGAAAGCAGCAAGCACUUUGCAGCAUGCCCAAGUUUCCAAGUCAAAUGAAGAUUUUGAAAUAGUUCCUGCUCCAGCAACAGAUUCGAGUGACUCAUCAUCAUCAGAUGACUCGGAUGAAGAUGAGAUAGAAACAAAAGCUGAGAUAUUGGCUUAUGCCAAAAAGAUGCUGAGAAAGAAGCAGAGGGAAGAAAUACUUGAUGAUGCAUACAACAAAUACAUGUUUCAUGAUGUUGGGUUGCCAAAGUGGUUUGUUGAUGAAGAAAAGAAGCACUACCAGCCAAUCAAACCUGUCACAAAAGAAGAGGUUGCUGCAAUGAGAGCUCAAUUCAAGGAAAUUGAUGCUCGACCUGCAAAGAAAGUUGCAGAGGCCAAGGCCCGAAAGAAACGUGUUACAUUUAGGAAGUUGGAGAAAGUCAGGAAGAAGGCAAACUCCAUAUCCGACCAGGCAGACAUCUCUGAUCGUUCAAAGAGAAAAAUGAUUGAACAACUUUACAGUAAGGCAACACCUAAAAGACCUAAAAAGGAAUAUGUGGUAUCUAAGAAAGGGGUUCAAGUUAAGGCUGGUAAAGGUAAAGUCCUUGUUGAUAGACGAAUGAAAAAGGACGCAAGGUCACAUGGAAUGAGCAAGCAGGGCAAAGGGAAGAAGGGAAUACAGAAAGGUAAAGGGUCUGCUGGUAAACGAGGAAAGGUUGGUAGAAAAGAGAAUAAAAGAAAGUAGAUAGGAGGGAGGUGUUUUAGGGCAGACCUGAUUAAUUCUUUGAGUACAGCAAAGAGCGGCGAAGAUUUUGCCUUGGACGUUUUGUUUCCUCACGUUUUAUUUGAUUUUUGAGGCCUUUAACCUGUGCCCAGGUUCUGGCUAUGGAAUUAGCAGUAGGAUGGAGCCUGAGCGCUUCAAUUUCACUAGUGAGAUGCUAGGAAGGCUAAAUUAUAGUGGCAACAGAGGUUCAUGCAGUUUCCGAGUAAUUGUUGCUAAUUACAAUGAUGUCUUGAAAAAGAAACUGCUGCGAACGAAAUUGGUCGUACUUGUUUCAACUUCAGUAACA